AUGGGUGAUGAGACAGGCAAGAAGCGAGCGGCGACGGGCAGAACACAUGAGCAUUCAGAUAGAAAGCAAAAGCGCAAGAAGCUGUGGCGGACAACUGGCUCAAAAUCAAGUGCAAAGCCGACGCUUGAGAGCGGUGACUCCGGGAUAUUUGUGACUUGCGAUAGGGGUAGAGAAGGCAAAUGUACCGCUGAGAUAUUGGAUUUACUGUCUCAAGAAAUACCAGAUCCUUCUCAAAACGAGUCGGAAGAGCAAGAUUCCCCGACUCGAGGAGAUGCAGAUGAUAUCGAAGCACAGAUUAAGAAGGAAGUCGAAUGCAUGAAGCCAAAGAAGUCGCCUGCACCUUUUCAGGCUGUGAAACUGGACGUCCCGUGCCUAGUGCUGUUCAUCAAGGUGGAUAAAUCUAUAGACCCUGUGGAGCUUGUCCAUCGAAUAUGCAUGGACGCCCAUGCGCACCCGGGAAAGAAGCGAAGCAGAUAUGUCAAACGACUUACGCCAAUCACAGCCACUCGAAAAAUUCUUGGUGGCGGUAUUGAGGAGCUCGCACGCGAGGUAUUGGAGCCACAUUUUCACUCAGACAGCUCCCCGAAGAAGUAUGCAAUCCGGCCAACCGUGCGCAAUAACCAUGAAUGGCCGAGAGACACCGUGAUUCGGCUUGUUGCCCGUGCCGUGGGCCAAGGCCAUGCAGUUGACUUAAAAAAUUAUGAUGCGUUGAUCUUGGUAGAUAUUAUUCAGAAUAUAUGCGGCAUGAGUGUUGUCGGGGGAGAUUACGAAAAGUUGAAACGAUACAAUCUAGCUGAGAUUUACAGCGCGACGCCUCGCCCCCAACCAGAACCAACAGCUUCUCCGAAAGGUUCAGAUAAUAUGAAAGUGGAGUGA